UCGAUUUGAUCGUGGUUGGCGGAAUAGUAGAAUGAACAUGGUGAAUUGAAACAAUGCUAAAGGUAAGCAAGCAAGCGGCAAGUACUCACACCAAAAGCCAAUCGUACACGCGAGUUGGGCUAACACAUUGUACCAUAUUGCAGUCGUGCGCAUAGCAAACUAACCGUAAUUCUAUUGCCUAUAUUUACGCGUUACCUUGAAGAAGAAGAGGACGAAAAUGACGCGAGAGUGUCCCAAACGCGUUAUUUAAAACAAUUAGUUCUAAACAAUCUACGUGCCCCCUUCUCACAGCGGCAUAAGUCAAGGGAGGUGGAUGAACGAUUGGCGUUGAAGCGAAUAAGUAGCUGCAACACGAAGCACGCAAAAGGAACACAGUAAAUCAACAAUAUACUCAUUAGUAAGGUAACGAAACGUAUUACAACAUACUACAAUAUCAUCGGAACACACAAAGCAAAAACUCCGGAAUGUUUCCCUCUGAAACAGUUACAGUUGGUGUUUCACACAGUGCGUACAAUAAUGCGUAGCCUCCAUUACAAGUGCACGGUUGCACAUGAGUAUCUCGGGUUUAUUAGUGUCGUUUCUUCAACCAUAAUAACCCCAUCAUCACCGGCCCCUCAAUCGGACAUAUACUACUAGCCGCUUUCAUUUUGCGUCUCUCAUGAACCGUUGUAUUAGGAAGCGAACUAGAGAGUGCAACACACCUGUAAGCCACCACCCACAGUUUGCUGCGACAGUGGCGAGUAAAAUCAAAAUAUUUCAUUAGUCCGUUGAACUGUUGUAGACUUUCGAUCGAAUACCGCCGUUCGCGCUAACAAGGAAUGUAAUAUUGAGGGUGCAAAAGGUGGAGUACACAUUAUAUGGGAGCAGCCAAACCAAGACCAAAGUACUGGCAUCGGGGACAGGUGCAGGAAACGCGUUCGAUUCUUAUUGGGUGUCCAGCAAGGAAGUACGUAAGGCGGCUUCAGAUCAAUAGCAAAUUCUAACUAACCCAACGCCUACUAAGCCUAUAGCCUAUAGCUCAUCUAGCAGCCUGUAUGUGCGACAAACCACCUUCAUCACUAACACAUCCAAGCACACCAACACCCACACACAUACGCACAAUAUCAGCGAACCAAGGAUGUCUGCACCGAAAAGGAUGAUACUGACUCCCUCUUUUGAGUGUGAAUUCCAAGUAUCCUUACGCAUGCGGGUAGCACUCCUUUACAUUAACGCUCUGCUGCCACCGUAGCUGCGAGGCUGCUCGUGAAUGUAGAUAAGCGAGGAUAUUGGUAGGAGUAGAUCGGGAAACCCCAAGCAAAAGAAAACCCCAAUUAGCAGUACGAUUGAGAGAGAGAGAGAGAGAGAGAAUCGCAGGUAUAUGUGCCAUCGUAGUACAACACGUGUUCCGGGAGUCACAAGUUCCAUGUGCAAUGUGUACCCCCACACUAUUUAGGGGCUAUCACUUCUUCCCGCGCUAUCAAUAACAUUUACCGCGUUUUGCCUGAAUCCAA